GGGAGAAAUCCUGAUCUAGCUUAAUAACUUGCUACUCAUGGAAGAACUAACAUCUUGUGCUUCCUCCUCCUCAGUUGUCCCCAAAUAUCAUAAAGCCCCGCCCACUCUCCAGCAACUCGUCCACUUGAUCCUGCAAACCCGAACCGAGGGAUGGGUUUACUCCAUCUUUUGGCAGCCUUCAAGAGACGAACAUGGCGGUCUCGUCCUCACGUGGGGCGACGGCCAUUUCCGAGGAACUACAAAAGACCCGUCCGCAUCUAAACCCAGCCCCAAAAGGGUGCUCGAAGAAGCCCAAUUCCUGGAUGGUAAGCUCUCUCAUGGCAGCGACAACGGCGACCCUGAAUGGUACUACAUAUUCUCGGUCACGAGGUCGUAUUCAUCUGAAGAUGGCAUUCUAGGAAGAGCAUUUCGCUCAGGAGGUCACGUUUGGCUGAGCGGUGAAGACCGCCCUGAGCUGGAGAUGUAUGAGCAUGAUGAGCGGGUCAAAGAAGCAAGAAUGUAUGGAAUUAAGAGCAUAGUGUGCAUAUCAGUCCCUAAUGGUUCCGGAGUUCUUGAAUUGGGCUCCGCAGAGAUCAUUAGAGAAGAUUGGAGCUUAGUUCAUUUAGCCAAGAACCUCUUCCCUUCUCAUUUCUCGAGCCUUCGAGUCGAUCCUCGUGGAGAGAACCAACCCAACGAUGCCAGGGAAGAAGCGGCCCUCGUCGGUGUCAGCAGGCGUCCACUCUCUAAACCUGCGGGCUUGGCAUGUCAUAACAUAUCUACGAAGAAGGGAAUGAAGACAAUAAUCGACGACGACGAUAAAGAAUCCUCGUUGUCGCCAUCGCCGUCUGGCCCGUUGAGCCACGUGGAGGCAGAGCGGCAGCGAAGGGAUAAGAUGAACCAGCGGUUCUACGCACUCCGUUCCGUCGUCCCCAAUGUGUCGAGGAUGGACAAGGCGUCCCUCCUUGCUGAUGCCGUCGACUACAUCAAAGAACUCCGGUCCCGGAUCGACGCAUUGGAGUCCAAGCUCGUCAAGUCUGAGCCACCGUCUCCAAAGCGCCACAAGAGUAAAAGGGCUGUCGCUGACGGGACUGAAACAACGUCGCUGUCGAGCAAGAACAGCUCGACAAUGGUCGCGAGGACGUUGGCCAUCCCGGGGCCGAGAGAGAUGACGGUGGAGGUGACGGUGGUGGGGCGGGAGGCGGUGGUCCGGGUUUGGAGCCCGAAUCUGGAGCACCCGUGCGCGAGGUUGAUGGACGUGCUUAAGGAAUUGGGGUUGGUGGUCCAACACGCGAGCAUGUCGUGUGUGAAGGGGAUGAUGCUGCAGGACGUGGUGAUCAGGACUCCGGUCGAAUGCUUGGUCAGCGACGAGUCCAUUAGAGAUGCCAUCCGGGGUAAGCUAGGCGAGGUGUGAAUUUUCUGUAUCCAUUUGUAUUAAGGCAUGGUUAUUGAAGCAAUCUCCAUUAUGGCCAAAAGACCAUAUCAGCUCAUUCUCUUGGGGAGAAUCUUUCAAUAAGACCCAGUUAAUUCUUGACGUUGUGAUUUCCCACUCACGAGGAAAACAUCACAAAUAUGUUUUUCUAAUGAUGCUCUGGUUUGCAAAGUA